AUGAGGUACGACUCAAUUAUUCGCAACGUAAACUUAUGAGAAUGUUUCAUUUGUAUCCUAAUUUCCAAAUGAAUUAACAAAAAAAUGAGUAAUUAAUUAAAUUUUAGACUUUUUUUCUUAUCAGGCCUUUUAAUUCAUUGACACAAGUCAUCCGACAUUGUCGCGAGGUUCAUUUGAAAGGGCCGCCGAGACGUGUUGAGUUUCAUGAGCGAAGCAAGUAAGUCAUAAUUUGUGAGCGCCUGUUGACAGCUGUAAAAUUAGCACUGGUAAUUUGCGUCCACAUUUUCUCGCGCCUUGAGGUGGAGUUGCACGAGCAACAAAAUUGCUGCAACUUGCAACAAAAUCUGAUUUCAACGCAUGUUGAUUGAAAAUGUUUACACAUAAAUUACAAAUCACAAGGCAACAUGUGUCGACAUUUCUACUUAACAUGCGUUGAAAUCAGAUUUUGUUGCAAGUUGUAGCAAUUUUGUUGCUCGUGUAACUCCAGCUUUAGUGUUCAUUGAAAACCCACCUAUGUAUAUUAACGUAUGUGUGAUUUCUAGGAAUUAUUUCCCUAAGAACCAGGCCCCAGUGCAACCUGAACGACCCGCUCCCAGUCCGGUAUCGACCAAUCUGAAUCAAGCACCAGGUAACCAAGCCUUCGUGGGUGUGGUACCCUCACCUACCCCAAGUAAUGUUUUGGGAGGUGGUCCGUCGAUCAAUAUGAACUCAAAUCUACUGGAUCAGCAAUUCUCUAAUGUCAUGAGGAUGCCCACUCCUGCCUUGGCGCAAAGUAUGUUUGUUGUUUUGUUUUGUGGAUGUUGUUGUUAGUUAGGGUAUGUGACUUUCACAUAGAACACUUCAAAGUAGGUUCACAUUCACAAAUAUACAUAUUAAUAUAUGGCUAUAAAAUUUAUAUUUUAAUCUAGAUAUGAUGAAUCUAACGAAUGCUUAUGGUAAUCAAGGCAUGUCAACACUACCAUCGCAAAACACAGUAAAUCUUCAAAGAUCUCCUGCUAUGAUGAACGGCUCGCCUUUGCCCGCUGGCGCAGUCAACCAGUUCGCACAGAUGUCUUCUAUGGGUAAGAAUCACAAACUAAAGUUUAUUUAUUUAUUUAGUAUGCUUUGCCAAUUACGCACAAUCUGCAAAAAUACAAACACAAGAAUAUAUAACUUAUCAAUCAUGGUAUAGGGUAUAUGCUACAGGUUACACCAAUUAAAUUUACAGCAGCCCUUACAGAACGAACAUGACACAUUCUUCAUUAGAUCUUUAAUAUAAAAAGGCCAGUUUACACCCAGGAAAACCCUCCGCAGGAUAGGAACGGAAAGAAAAGUUGCAUAGUGCUGAAGUCGUUAGUUCCAACGCCGUAAAAUGUUCCCGAGUGGAAAUUGGCCUAUAAUGAAGCUUAAGAAAACGAACACAGGGACACACAAGUUUCUAGUGAGUUCUGAGUUUUACCAUCCUUUUGAUGCAUGGGUCUCUAAUUACAGGGCAGCAAGUGAUGGUCUAUUUUACAACUGUGAAAUCUAAAUUGUAGGAGCAAGCGAAUUCAACCACUUUUCAGUUUUCUAAAUAUGUGCUUCCAAAUGCAAGACCACUGUGCAUAUAAUGAAAUAAGUAUAGAUUAUUUUCUCUCUCUCUCUCUCUCUCUCUGCACGCUGCACGAUAAUGCUUAAUAGGGAAACCCAUCAACUCUUUUUCUCUCUUUUCUUUAGCAGGUUCAAACAUGGCGCAGCAACAGUUUGCUAACACUUUACAACAAUUCUCAUCGGCGUAUCAACAACAGCAGCAGCAGGAGCAGUUGCCUCCACCCUACCCCAACGUGCCUCUCGCGCCACAACAAACACAAAUGAGUCAGCCUAGACCUCAAGCACCCCCGCAGAACGCAAUGUUUCCCAUGCAAAGACCACAACCCAUGGAAACGCAGACCACUGAUAUACAGGUACGUCUGAUAUAAAACUAUAACUGGAUGGUGCUGACACAGUCACUGGGGUUCAAUCCCGCACUACGCAACAGACCUUUCCCCUUUUGAGUGAAAUUUUGAUCUAGACAAGUCUGGACAAAAUUUCAUCACAGCUUGAAAGAGCAUCACAAAAUUAGUAAUAUUCCGAAGUUUCGUUGCGAAAUGUUGUAAAAUGCGGAUAAUAUAGCCUUGCGAAGUUUGCCAUUUUUCAGUCAUUUUGCAUUACAAACGGGAAUGAUCAAAACUGAUUAUCAGAUGAUCAAACUGAUUAUCAAUUUCCAUUUGUAAUGCAAAAUGACUGAAAAACGGCAAACUUCGCAAGGCUAUAUUAUCCGCAUUUUACAACAUUUCGCAACGAAACUUCGGAAUAUUACUAAUUUUGUGAUGCUCUUUCAAGCUGUGAUGAAAUUUUUGUCCAGACAUAUCUAGAUCAAAAUUUCACUCAAAAGGGGAAAGGUCUAUUGUUUGAUUAGAAGGAAGAACAUUUGAAGCGGAGUUAAACUAAAAUUCUUCCAGGAAAAUUCUACUCUGCUGUUUGCCGUUGCUCUCAUUCGUGAAACUCCCUACUUACAAGAGCACUCGUGGGUGGGAUGUGCCUUACUGGAUCUCUAGGGAGAAUAAUUUCGAAGUGAUAUAGCUAUACUGUGUGUGCAUAUCAUUCUUUAACUAUUUUGAAUAUAGAUGGCUCCAUUAUUUCAUUCUCCGCCACCUCGUCAACAGAGACUUCUCCAUUCUGACGCAUAUCUCAGGUGAGAUGAUAAAAACCCAUUUAUAAUUAGAUGAUGAUACCAAUUUUUGCGUGCGCAUGAUGAUUUAAAUUUGCGUGCAUUCUGUAGUAGAAUCAGGGCGCUUGCCUAUAAUAGGCACCCUGAAUACAAUAAUUUCACGUCGCGAGCCUAUUUUCAAAUUACCCAUUACGAUAACCACUUCGACGUACAUAUCUGGUAAUUUCUGAUUUCCUAGGUAUAUCGAAGGCUUGCGUGAUGGUACGCCACAUUUAAGUAACUGGAACCCAAACAAACCCGAUGUAACAAAGCUCACUCCACAGCAACAAUCGCAACUCCCCGUCCAGUGGUUAGGCUCAGCUUAUAACCCACAUUCCUCGACGGUUGAAGCGUUGUGGGCUCUCAGAGAACAUAUGCUGAAUGAUACUUUGAAGCUGGCCAAGUUUUCACAGGACACUACCUGA